AUGCGGUGGAAAAGAUCAUUGCGUAUGUCAACGAAAAAUCGUGCUUAUAAUCCUAUGUGUGAAGAUGGAUACGAUAAUAAAGUUUCGUUACAUAAUGAUGAAGAAUUUCAACAUGGAAUUCGUUUUAAAAUUAAAUUCAUUGGUUCAUUAGAAGUUCCAAAACCCACAAGUCGUGGUGAAAUUGUAGCCGACAUGCGUCAUAUCCGUUAUGAAUUCAAAACAAGAGCAAUUAAAAAACGCCCCGCUUAUUUAUUAAUAUCAAUAGAUGGAAUUCAAGUUUGUUUAAAGAAAAAGAAUAAAAGAAGUCCUUAUUUCGAUGAUGAUAGAACUAUUCUUACGCAAUAUCCUAUCAAUCGAGUGUUUUAUGUCUCGCAUGAUAGUCAAGAUUUAAAGAUUUUCAGUUUUAUAGGACGUGAUAAUACUACUAAUGCAUUUCGUUGUAAUGUCUUCAAAGCAUAUAAAACGAAUGAAGCGAUUCAUAUAGUCCGUACGAUUGGUCAAGCGUUCGAAGUUUGUCAUAAAUUCUCUUUACAACAAACAUCAACGAAUACUCUAAAAUCUAGUCCGUCUAAUACAAAUUUUGCUCAACAAGAAAAUAAAAUUCCAGAAUCAAAUGUGGAUGCAGUAGAAAAAACGGAGCGUUAUUUACAAAGUGUUCAAGUUCCAAUUUCAUCAGUAAAUAAAGAAACAACGGUACUUCAAUCUUAUUCAUCAAGCGAAUUUACACUCAAACAUCAAAUGCAAUUUAUGCAAGAACAAUUACAACAAGUGCAGCAUGAAUCUGAAUUAGCAUUCAAUCAAAUUAAAUUAGUAAAAGAACAAUUAAAUAUUGAAAUUACAGCAAGAACUGAUGCACAGAAUAAAAAUAAACAAUUAAUUGAACGAAAUCGAGAAUUAUUAACACAUAUUCAACAAUUAUUAAAUUAUACACAUGAACUUGAAAUAAAGUUAAAUAAAAAUGAAAACUUGAAGAUGUUGAAGGGCAUUCCAUCACGUCCAACGGAUUUAUUUCUUCUUCCAUCGUUAUUUUCAACUUUAACUACUUCUGGUUCUACAAAUGGAACUUCGAAUCAACAAGAUUUAUCCAGUGAUUCACCUGAUUCUGGCAAAGGACAAGAAAUAUCCUCAGCAAGUAUUUCAGAUGCCUUUCUAUCAAGUAUUCAAGAUCAACAAGUAACUAAUUCAUGGAACAAUAAUAUUAAUAAUAAAACCAAUAUUAAUACCCAUAACAAUUGUACAUCAAUACUUGAUGAUGUAACAAAUCAAUCAAUAUCGAUAAAUGAAACGAUUUCCAAAAAUAAUAAAAGCGAUUGCGAAGAUUAUUCUUCCACGUCAUCUGAUGCUUCAAUAAAAAUAUCAAAUAAAAAUCAUAUUGAACAUUAUAUUUAUGAUCAUAUAAUCCCAACAGGAUCAUCGUCGUUUACAAACUCAGCCUUUACAGGAAGUUCAUUAAAUACAUUAAAUAACUGA